ACGGCGCUGUCGUCGUUCCGUGUCGCAGUGACGCCUGUGAGUCUGUGCUGUAGUAAACGGUGAAUUGUUUUGUAUUUUGUUGUGUGUCUCCCAGUGCGUGAGUCUUCGUUUGGCUGUGUAGCGCGACCGUUUACUCAUCGUCAAAAGUAAUUGUGUCAACUCAUCUUGGCCGGAAGAAUGGACUUGUCGCGGGCAACUGUGGACACAUGAUUUUCUCUUUAUGACUAGACUCUUGUUGUUUCGUCAAAGAUGACCUAAUGAGAAUGUGAGCAGCAGGACAGAUAUCCAAUGGGAGGAGGAGGCUGCUCAUGAGGGAUGCUCCUUCGACGGAUCAUCCGGCCAUGGUGGUGCAAAGCAAGCCGCCAGGUGACCCACCAUCGAUGCUUGGGCGUGGCCAUUGCCCUGGGACUUGUCUCCCUCAUCUACUCCCUCUACGUCAUCAACUCGAACAGCACUCACGGGUUCAUUCUACUACGUGUGCCUCCUCAGCCCACUUUCCAGUGCCGCUCCCAGCUGGACGGGGCCGAGGGGAGUGGGGCCAACGUCCAUGCUUCGAGUGCGCAGCUUCGUCUCGACCCUCGCGUCCUAGUCUUUGUGGAGACCCAGUUCUCCAAGCUUGGCAAACAGCUUUGUGAGAUACUCGAGGCUAGUCGCUUUAGAUUCAAAGUGGAGACGACUGGAAAGACGCUGCCGGUGCUCACCAACCUGGACAAGGGGAAAUUCGCUGUCAUAGUGUUUGAGAACUUUGAGAAAUACCUCACCAUGCACAAGUGGAACAGAGAGCUGCUCGACAAGUACUGCAGGGAAUACAAGGUUGGGAUCAUUGGCUUCAUUCGACCCAAAGAAGACACCUAUACUGGUGCACAACUGCCUGGGCUUCCACUGUACAUGCACACAAACAUGGCCCUGAAGGACUACCAGCUGGACGCUUCGUCUUCCAUUCUGCGGCUGACACGGUCGGGCGAGAUGUUCCUGGGAAACCUUCCCGGGGAGGAUUGGACGGUGUUUCAGCCCAACCACUCUACUUUCGUUCCACUGUCGCUUGCCAGGUCUCAGAGCGAAGAGUUGUCUGGCAACUCUGAGCCACACAUCACUGUCAUUCAGGACAACGGCAAGUACGACGGCAUUGAGAGGGUCAUCUUCGGCAGCGGCUUCAACUUCUGGCUGCACAAGUUGCUCUUCCUGGACUCCAUUUCGUAUCUGUCGCACGGAAAAUUGAGCUUACCCCUGCAGCGUUACCUGCUCAUCGACAUCGACGACAUCUUUGUCGCGGAACAGGGAAAUCGCAUGAUUCCCAGCGACGUACAGGCCCUACUAGCAGCACAGGCAAGGUUCCAAAAGCUGAUCCACGGAUUCCGUUUCAACCUCGGGUUCUCGGGAAAGUACUUUCACCGUGGGUCGCGGGAGGAGAACAGAGGAGACGACAUGCUGCUUUCAUAUGCCCAUGAGUUCUGGUGGUUCUGCCACAUGUGGAGCCACACUCAACCUCACCUAUACGACAACGUUACCCAGAUGGAGAAUGAGAUGAGGUUGAACAAAGAGUUUGCAAAGAAGCAUCACAUCCAGACAGACUCUGGGUACUCCGUAGCGCCUCACCAUUCGGGAGUGUACCCGGUGCACGAGCCCCUGUACGACGCCUGGAAAAGAGUGUGGAACAUUCGGGUUACGAGCACGGAGGAGUACCCGCACCUGAGGCCGGCUAGGCUGCGGCGAGGUUUCAUACACCGAAACAUUAUGGUUCUUCCGAGGCAAACGUGUGGCUUGUACACCCACACAAUAUUUUUGGACAAAUAUCCGGGGGGCAAAGAGAAGCUGGACAGGAGCAUCCGGGGUGGAGACCUGUUUUACCUCUUCGUUUUUAAUCCAAUCAACAUUUUCAUGACCCACCUGUCCAAUUAUGGAAACGAUCGUCUGUCCCUGUACACCUUCGAAACGGUACUUAAGUUCAUCAAGUGCUGGACAAACCUGCAGCUGCACACUGUUCCGCCACUGCAGCUGGCUGAAAGGUACUUCCAGAUGUACCCCGACGAAGCAGAUCCUGUAUGGAUGAACCCCUGCGGAGACAAGCGCCACCUAUCAAUCUGGUCAGCAAGCAAGUCAUGUGAACAGCUGCCAAAAUUUCUAGUCAUCGGUCCACAAAAGACAGGAACAACUGCUCUGUACACUUUCCUAACCCUGCACCCCACAAUUCAAAGCAACCACCUGAGCCCCGAAACGUUUGAGGAGGUGCAGUUCUUUAACGGGAAGAACUACUACAAGGGCCUCGACUGGUACCAGAGCUUCUUCCCGACUCCAAGGAACGGCAGUUCUCAGUUUUUGUUCGAGAAGAGCGCUAACUACUUUGACGGGGAACUGGUUCCCCUACGUGCCCAUGCCUUGCUACCACACGCCAAACUCGUUACCAUACUGAUAAGCCCAGCGAAGAGAGCACAUUCUUGGUACCAGCAUCAACGUUCCCACGGAGAUCCCACAGCCUUGAAUUACACCUUCUACGAUGUCAUCACCGCUAACAAGCACUCACCGAAGCAGCUGCACGAACUCAGGAAUCGAUGCUUGAACCCUGGCCUGUAUGCGCAGCAUUUGGAGCGCUGGCUCUCCUAUUACCCUCCUCAGCAGCUCAUGAUCAUCGAUGGCGAAGAACUGAAAUCCGACCCCGUUCACGUGAUGAAUAAGUUGCAAACAUUCCUAGGGAUAAUGCCGCUGUUUGAGUACAACAAGUCACUGAGGUACGACCCCGCCAAAGGAUUUUUCUGUAAGGUGCAGUCUCAGACAAACAGGACCAAGUGCUUGGGACAAGGAAAGGGUCGCGUGUACCCGCCGAUGGACAUUAAGGCCGAGAAGUUCCUCAAGGCUUACUACCUAUCGCACAAUGUGGCCCUGUCCAAACUGCUGAACAACCUACGACAACCUCAACCACGCUGGCUGAAAGAAGACCUCUCGCGCGGAUGAAACGGUGAGAGCUCCGUAAGUGUUCUUCUUCGAGCUGGGCGCCGAACAACGUCCCUGGGACAUCCUGCCAAUGAUAUUGUGCGCCUGCAGCCCCGAACAUGUUGGGUCCGAAGCUGACCUUUCCCAGAGGAAGCCUCUGCCAUGUGUUGGGGCAGCAACGUUUAGAAGGGAUGCGGUUUUUAAGCAGUAACCUGAGUGAAAGCGGAGACAAUUUAAAAAUAUCUGAACCUUCAUGAAGGUUGCAUCCCUUGAACAUCCUAUUGACAUCCUGUCCAUGUGGCAUGAGCUGGCUUCUGGUACACAUGUGUCCAUAGUUGUUGCUCUGUUUUAGGAGUUACUGGUGACUGUUUUACUCUGUACCAUAGUACUACUUGUUUUAUGUUUUAUGUCUACGUCUCAUUAUUUUGUAUCCCCUCUUUGUUCUGGGGUUUGUGGGUGCUAGGCCUGUUUUCUACAGGGCGUCGCAAGAUAACGUACUAACACAUCCUUUGUGCGCUGCAAGGAAUACUCGCCGUACGGCAGACGUAAAAUGUGCACAAAAACGUCGUACUAAUUUCUGUGGCUUUCCACAUUUCCUCCUGUAAAUUAAGAAAAGUUGGAACAGCUCACACCUAACAACCAACAACAGCGUAUUACACCAUUGUUCUUGAUUCGUUGGGGGCCUCACCUUCAUUUUGCAACUAAAAUCCGAGUGCAUAUUAAUCCUGAAUCUCCGGAUGAAAUUGAUGGCGUAUUCCAUUGGCAGAGCUGGGUCAAAGUUUUGCACUGGGAAGGGGCAAAAUCUGUUCCAUUCGCAGAAUCUGGGUAUGUGUUGAAUGUUCCAUUGGCGGAGCACGGGCAAAAAAUUCGUUUUUACGUUUACUUAUUUAAGUAGUUUUUGACCCAGCGAUUUCCUCGGGGCAAAGCCAGCGGAACACGACAGAAAAGAGGGGGCAUGUUCGAGCUUUCUUUUCUUUUUACUCGUUUGUUAUGCGUCUCUUGAACAGUGGGAACGUGACGCCUCUCGUUGUGUGUAAUUAUAUAGUGUGCGAUAGUGUGUGCUUUGAAUGUUGACAGACCAGUGACAAAGCAAAGCCAUACACCCCUGCUGGCAGCAAUGCACUGAAACCUCACCCAGUGCAGGGCAAAAAUUGCUCUCCCAGUGGAAUUCGCCAUGAGAUUCUACGAGUCAUACUUGCUACGGGUGACACACACACACACAAGAGAAAUAGUACUUGCUAUAUUUUUGAAAGUUUUAAAACUACUACUCAGUAAAUGUAAUCAUAAUCUCGAUGAUGCAAUGAAACUAAACAAACCUGCAUAUGAAUGAAGCUGGGCCUAAUUAAUGGGCCUGGGUUAAUGGUCUCUAGGCUAUUGUGGGAACGUGGGGAAGUGCUGAGUGCAAAGUUCCCAUCCCAGCAUAACUGGCUGCAUAAGCGGCACUUUGGCAAGCUUGGUCCCUGGAUGACAGUCAGGCAAAUCUGGGUUCUACCGUGCUUAACCCUAGAAGACAAGGUUCUAUGUAAGAUUUAAUGCUCAAGCGGCUACUUUCCCUCAUUUAUGUCUCAUUGCCCACCCAGUACUUUGCCUUGGGAAGCCCUGUAGACUGACGUGACCUUUUACUUGACAUUUAAAGGCUGGAGUUUAGGUGCUACCACAUUUUAGCACAAUAAGUGGGCGAAGACUUGGCUGUUGCCGCAGUGCGCUCAAAAAUGCAGGCUUUCACGUGUUAGUAACAAGACAAAAUGCAUGACAGAUUUUUUUUUUUGUAUCUUGUACAGUAAUUAAUUUUAUUAGUGCAGCAAGUAAUGACUAAUGUUAAAAAUAUCGAACGUCUGGAAGAUAUUUAGGGUCUGACUUUUUUGGGUUAAGUGUCUUUACCAGGUUUCUUUUCUUUUUUUUGUGUGUUUUUCGUGGUGGGGAUCGGGAGCUAUUUUGAAAUAUGAAAUUUGGGGUGAAAUUUGGUGCUAUUGAUACUAUCGGGUGUUUCCGGCUUACUGUUUUCUUUCUGUCCAGUAAAGGCCCGUAGUUGGGGGUGCACAUAUUGGUCAUACAUGCAUUCCUCGCGAUUUAUAGUGGCACUUGCACAUGAUGUAACAAUUAAUGUGCUUCACAUCCUUUAUUGUUGUGCUCAGAUAAUAUUUUCAUCAGACGUGUCCACAGAUUGCUACUAAAUCGUGUACGUGGUACGUGAUACAACGUAAUUCGUGAUUGGAAUUGGGAGAGAAAUCUGGUUUAACCCGAAUUGGUUCGAAACUGACUCUGGUGGGAACAAUGGGGCAGAUUUGGGUUUAACUGGAGGAAGUCAAACCCUAAAAAUAUUGUCAGUGAGUUCACUCAGGUCUUCACUCUACAAGCCUUGUGGCAGUUCCACUCUAAGCAAUAAGAAGUUCAGCUGUGAUCUAAAAAAAGAGGUUUUACCUAAACCCAAGGGGUCCCGCCUGCAGUUCUGUUUUCCAGCCACAGACUAGGCUUUACUGGCUGACUACGCGAGAAAAAGAGGGGAAUAUAUUUUUGUGUUACGUUGAUGUGACAUUUUUGUAUGAUACUUUUGUUCUAUACAUGUGUCAUAGUGGCACUUCGCAUUUUAUACAAAAAUGAGCUGCUGUGUGUUUAAAGACAAGUAUAUUUACAACCAAAUGAGUUUUAUAUUAGCUGAGACAGUUGUAUCACUACACAUGUGUUCUCUUGUCAAAAUGUGUUUUCUGUAUCUCAUGUUCAGAGUAAUUAAUGUGCAAUGUGCAUACAUUUCUGACCCGUGCCCGAUUCUAUUAUGUGCUGUCGUCCUCUUUGUUGUUUCCUGUUUUCACGCCUGAUAAGUAUGGUAGCUUUUGCAAUGUUAAGAGAGCAAAAAAAAAAAAAAAAAAAGAACAUUAUAUUAUUAGAGCACAUAAUUUAGAAAACAUUAUUUAAACAAAAAGACACAUCUCACUUUGCACAGACACCAAAAUUAUUUUGUCUGACUACAUUUUAAUGGUCAUUUUAAUUUGAUUCGAAGUGAGCCAUCCUCUUCUCAGUGACUGAAGUGAAUGUCAUUUACUGGACAUUAGCCUAACAAUUUGCUGAAUGCCUACAAUGUCCAACAUUGGACAUUUGCUGGAUGUCACCUAGACGUCAGUGGGAAGUUCACUGCAUGCCGAUCUUGUUGUGGGUCGCGGAGAAACAAAUUGGCUUGUGUUUCGAAAAAAAAAAAGAUAAUGUUUCAUGUAGUAUGCUUUAAGGUAGACAAUCAGGACUAUUUAUAGUACUUAAAAUGACAGCUUCAGAGCAGGAACGAUGGAUACCUUGGACCAUUGCAAAAAAAUGGCGGCUUUUACAAACAGUCACCUCACUUGACAUCCUUAAGUGGCCUUUGAUGUCGUGGAGUUGCAUUUUACGAAGAUGAUAUAAUCAGCGACAUGGACCGCCAGAAAAGCCAGUACCAGUGUUUCAUCUAGGAAGAGUGCUCAACUUUUGGUUUGAUGGAACCACAACAACCUUCAGCUUUUCCGAUGGUUGAAUAAUGAUAAUGAGUUGAAACAGGUUUGAAGUGUUUGGGAACGUUGUUUGACUCAUGCGCAAAAAUAAUCCGAGCAUAAAUUCGCAAGAAAGUAAACGUGUAUGCGUAGAUGAGACGUUUAUAAUUAGAUGCAGCGAGGUCAGUGUAAAUGAACGAAUAAUUGUUGAAACUCAUCUAAAAUGUCAUGUUUGGCUACACGCUUGAUUACAUGAAGCAUGAAGAAACAUGUCCUUGUUUCUGUGAAGCCUCCGUGAUGAAAUUUCCUGUGUGUCUUGUGUUCAGUGCUUUUCAACGUGUCGUCGAGAUACGUUUCGUUCCGCUGUCCUAUGGUAGCUGCUUGUGACUGCUUACAAAGUAGAUCGCUAUUUCUAGCUUACUACCACGCUUCUGGAAAAUUUGUACUUUGCAGUCCCCACACUUCAAAAUUUUCUUUUUAAAGGGUCUAUAUUGGUUGAUUACACAAGCAUGCAUUGUACUGCAUGCCAAAGUACAGAGCAAAAAAGAAUUAUUUUUCUACGCAUUGUAAAGUUGGCAACAUACAAACCCUUGAACAAACUUUGGCAUCCAGCUCUGAUGCCAAACGAACUUUUGGUUCUCAUAGGCACAUGAUUUCUCCUGCAGCUUUAUAUCAGCCGUGUUUUAUAUUUAUCUUGCACAACUUGAGGCAAUGUGUCACCACCUCUCCAACUUUUGUUUGAUGCAUCACCAGUUGCUUUUGUGCCAUAAAAAUGCCAAAUUACCCUUUGCCACCAGCUCAAAACUUCUGACAAACUUCAGGUUGAGCACUCGUCCAAGAUUCCUUCGAGGUACAUUUUUAUACAAGUCCCCCCUGGUUCGAACAGUUGUCUCCUCGUGUCAUAAGUGUUCAUAAUACACAGGUGCACCUUCGGGUCACCGAUGCGACAUGAGAAGGAAGGGAUGUUUGUCCGACGGAACAACUUUGUUGGACUUUCGCAAGUGCUAGUUUUAUUUCACACAAACCACUAGUCUUUCAGGGUGACAUUUGUGAUGGAAGUGCCAUAUGUUGAUCUGCCAGCAAAUAACUGUUUACGUGCCUCGUGUUUGUAUGUGUGCUUUGUUCAGAACAAGUGCCACUGUUCGUGAUACAUCACAAUUUCUGGCCCAUAACACACGUCGAACCUCUUCACCAUUGUGCACGCAUGUGUGGUUGAACACGUGGUUGAACAUGUGUGUGACUGACGUAACAUGAAGCGUUAUAAUUACAUACUCGCGCAUUUGCUAAAUUUAAGUGAAAAGACAAAAAUCUGUGUACAGGCUUUGUGCAAGUUACCAGUAGGCAAUCGAGUUCUCGCAUAUUUCCUUGAGAUCUGCGGUAAAUAUACAAAUACAUAUUUUGCUACAUUUUGUUAGUGCCAGUUUUGCAAUCUGUAAACGCCUAUUUCUGCUGCUGUUUGCAUUUUCUUGGUGAGCUACAUGCAUUGACAGCUCCUUUUUCCUUUUUUUUUUGCAUUUUAUGUGCUGAUUUCAGUUCGUCAGUGUUUUUGGCACCGAAGGUAAUUCUAUCAGUUUAAGGGACCAUGAAGUGAUCUUGUCAAAGUCUUGCUUUAUUGCUUUUCACGGUUCCUGUGUUGGUCAGCUGUACCUGUCCCAAACUUUAACAACAGAAAUUGCAAAGGCUGAAAUGACAAUUAGGACAAACACAGCACAUAAGCCUCACUAAUGUCCAAGCAAUGAUAAAGCAGUUCUUUAAAUUUUGAGAGCAACAGAUGUGUGUUAUUGGCUGGAAAUUACUUCAUUUCUUUUACGCCGUUUUGAUCGUCAGUUUGCUGGAGUCUGCGGAAGGGCGAAACACCUUACCUGGUUCUUUUGUAGUGUAAGGUAGUCCGAACACUGAUGUUCCACGAACGAGUAGCAGAAUAGUCAUGAAGAAGUCUUUUGGGGACACAGCGUUUGUGUUCUUGUACCUCAAGUCGGCUAUUCCAUUCUGUACAAAUUGGUUUUAGUCUUCGCGUGUACCCAAGCAGCACAACAUAUUGGCCCAACAUUGUACCAAUAUUGGCAAUACUGGCCAAACAUUGGUCCAAUAUUGGGCCGACAUUGCCAAUAUAGGUCCAAUAUUGGGCCGGCAUCGCCAAUGUAGGUCCAAUAUUUGGCCGACAUUGCCAAUAUUGGGCCAAGACGUUGUGUUGCUUGGGUUUUUGAAAAUUUUUGAGUUGUGAACAAGGUGUGUUACUGUACCAAGUUGUGUUGCCCUUAGAAACCGACCAGACGUGUCAUGAGUGUUUCGCCAUUGUGUACGAGAGUUCCUGGUGCUGACAGAAAAUAAUUUGGCAAAGGCUUUCCUAGACCAUCUUUUUUCUUUCUUUCUGUGUGGAACAUGUAAAGGGUGUUUCAGGUCAAUGUUUCCGACGGCAUGACACGUGUUGAGACACACACGUGAGUCUCAUCUCUCCAUACUUUCUGAGUGACUGAAUCAAUGAGAUUCCUUUCAGACAAUUUUUGUAUUGGUUUUUUAAAGUUUGCAUUUCUGCUAAUCCACGAGGAGGGUCGUGUUCGGCUAUGGCUGUGUAAAUAUUAGGAACUUUAAACUGACAUUCCGGUCCGAAACCAAAGCUGAGUAAUCCUGUCCUGUAUCUCAUGUCCCUAAGUAACAUCCCGUUUCGUAUUUACAGCUAACUACUUGUUGUUGGAUAUUACUGCGAACACAUCGCUGUCAGUAACUCCCGGAUUUUGUUCUGGCAAGCGAUGGGGUCACUAAUUGCAGACGAAGUUUGCCGGUUACGUUUUAUGAUAUCUCAAGACCGCCCUCAGUCACAUUUACCUGGGUCACUAGAGCACCGCAUGGGCUCAGGCUUACCCGAAAGUCUGAGCUUUGCCCGUGGGCCGGGCUGGGUAAUGCCUUCUUUUUGUGGGCCUGGGCCGGGCUCACAGUUUCGCAUUACGGGCCGGGCAAAUGCCCGUACAUUGCCGGUCCCAGGUUGGGCUCAAACCUGUGUAACUCCACUUUUUGCUAGCCGCGGUAAACACUUACAGCCUGCUUCACUGGGCUAACGUGGGCCAGGCCGGGUAGCCUAGAAAUUGCUCGGGGUCAGGCCGGGCUUGGGUCGGUCUGGGCCUAGGAACGUGGCCCGUGCAGUGCUCUAUUGGUCACACACACUCAUUGCGUCCGCCAAAGCUGGAAGCUCAUGCUUUUGUGACUGUGAUACCGGAUAUAAACAUGCCAUUUGUUCUUCACGAAAAACUGUGACGCUCUGAUGGAUAAAAUUUUGCAUAUGGCACCUACCCGUAAUUUGCAGUCGAAUGCAACUUUAUUGUUGAAAUCGGACAACUACUCCAGACUCUUCCUUUAAGCACGUAUGUGCCGUAUUACGCGUUGUCAACACAUCACAUCAUCUUAUGCGUCAGCCACAUUGGACAAAAAAAUAAAAAAAUAUUGUAAAGAAAUCAAGUCAAAUUAGAAGGUGACAAAAAGAAAUUAGAAAAUGCUCAGGAAGGAUGAUAAAAUUCACCAGUCAUACCGAACGACAUCUUUCGCUCCCACGAUUUGUUGAAGACGAGAGGUGUAUGCCCUUUUGUGACACUUACGCGGCUUGAUGUGAUAAUCGUCACAAAAAGGCGAGCGCCUUCCGAUUUCCACAAAUCGGGAGUGAUAAAGGUAUCAUUCUGUGCAAUGGUUGGCCCUCAGCGUGAGUGUGCUACGCGGUGAAGUCAUGUUUUAAGAGCGUGCCGCUACUUUGUUGUCCUAAAAAUUACUUCUUUCAUAUUCUAAGCCCCCAAUAUUCACACAGCCCUAGCGCGAACAAAUUUCUCAUGAGCAUUUUUCUCCAAAAAACAAUGUCUGAAUUGAUGAGACAGGAAAACACUUGCCAUCCCCCUCCCCCACUUAACUCCUCCUCGCCCGGUACGAGCGAGCACGUGAACUUUCCUGCCUCCACAAAUGCCACCCAACUGAGUUUCUACUGGCAGUAUUUUUCUGAAUGCUAUUUGAGCUAUACCAUUUAUAAAUCUAUUGUCAUGCCUGUAUAAGUGUUAUUGCCGCAGUGCGUGUCGGUAGUCAAAGGAGAAUGGCAAUCUGUACACGAGGGUGUGUGGAAAGGUGACCGGAAUUGAUUGGAAAUUUCCAUCACUCAAUUGGAGGUGAUUGGCUUUUGCCAUAUGCUAAGACACUCAGCACGUGAUACUUAAGGAGCACAGAUCUCAUUGUUCGUCCUAUGGGAGCUGUCUUGUGUAGAAAUAUCUCUUGGGGCACCUUUAAGAAGCCUACCCUGUGAGUCGGUGCAGUGAACAAAUGAGUAAGCAGAAGGUAGCAGUUCAGGCAGGGCCGUUCAGGGUAUACUAACAAUUCUCUCACGAAUCUUCCAUUACUGUAUAUGGGGAGUCUGUUUCUGUUACUAUGUCUUUACUUCAACUUCAUGGUUUUGUGAAUACCGACACAUAACUUGAUUUGAGGCCGUUUUGUUUCUCGGUUUCUGUUUAUAUUUUUUUACUGCACUUCAGUUUCACUUUAGUUUAAUAUUUACUUCUGUUAUUGUGGUGUGCUGUUCUUUAGACCACAGCUUAGACCUAGUUUCACAGUAGAGACCUGUGGCUGGGUUGAACAGAUUUCCUUUCCGUUUUCUCUGCACAGGUUGUCCCAACGAACUAGUUUUACUUUUCUGUCCUUAUGCAGGAUUCUAAACUAACAGACUACAAGUUCUGUUGCUCUGUUCCUGUCUGAACUGGGUAACAGAAGUCUUGCUUGAAAGCUACAUAAGAGAAUGUUCUAGAGUUCUAGGAUGUUAGCACUGUACGGCAGCUACCUUUCUUCCAACUCUCGCUAGAGUUAUUAGGCCUUUCUCGGUUUCAUACUAAAUGGAUCAUUGUUGGCAUUAGUGCGAGGGUUAGGCACUCGGAAUAUAAACACGCACUUGAGCGUUAGGAAGCUACCAUAUUCUUGGCACAUACUUCCCCAGUUCAGUGCCAACACGUAUGUAGGCUGUAUACCACAACACUGAAGUGUCUCUUUCAGUGUUACAACUUAUGAUAUGUUCACGCCUUUGUCACCUACCGGAGAUAUGUGCUCGACAUAAAAGCACCUUGACUACUGUAGAAGGCCUUAUUACAAUAGAUAUUUAGAUUACAUUUACUUAUUUCAGGUUAUACUAAAUAUAGCACAUGCAAAGCAUAAGUCCAUGCCAUUCACCUUCUCUAGUAAAUUCAAUCAAUCAAUCAAUCAAUCAAUUGGGCUAUGUCACCACUUGAAUUCAGAGUUAAAGGCCUUCUACAGGAAAAGUAAAAGCACUGUAGUCAUUUCACAGCGAGCGUAUGUGCAAACAAUGUGUCCGUUUCCUAACACUUGAUCAAGCGUAUGUUUCAAACGUGCCUCAGAAAGCACCCCAGAGGUACUGCUUGCGACACAGUUGUCCGUAACCUACAAAACAUUGCAAAACCUAGGCGGCGCCACGCGUAAAAGCUAUACCAAACUCAUCUCCGAUGGGAGGCGUGCAGUUCCCGCUCUGGCUCUAAUUUCUGUUUUGACGUCCCCUCUGAAGCGAUUUUGUUGCCCCUCCUUUGUGCGCCACAUCGCCGAUAGGGGGACGUUCCGCUCCGAGCUGGAGACUGUAGACAAGUGUGUCGCAAGCAGUACAUGUGGUAGGAAUGUGAGGGACUAUGUCUAGCCAACGUUAGUUAUUCGCCGACUAGUGUAUGGAUUGCGAUUCUCGAGCAGCGAUGUCAGACAGUGUACAGAGGUUAUUGUUACAGAAAUGUUACAUACAUCACGAGUGUUUCAUGUUUUUGCAUUGGUGUCAAAAGAAUCUAUGGAGUUUCUUUUCGACGAUUCUUUCUGCUUUCUGUGAAAGCUUCACAAACGGUAGGGUAGAUAAUCUGUGACAAGGUGUUGAGUUGUCUACCGAUGUAUCGUACCUUAUGAUUUGAAUUAUACAUGCUUCAUCGAA